AUGGACGAGCAGUUCUGCGCGGUUAAAAUAGCGACGAUGCGACGACCACGAGCGACGGCGUAUCUCCUUUGGAGUUUAGUGUUGGCGCUCAUUGCGCAGUUCGGUGAAGUGAGGUCGAGUCACUUCCGUGCCGGCAUCAUCGAGUACCGCGUCAGCCAAACAGACCCCAGUACUUUGGACAUCGUCGUGACGACAUGUUGGAUGUACUACGACUCCGAUAGUGUUAGUUUAUAUGGCAGCGGUGGCUCUUACCUCUUUACCACGAAUUCGUAUGACGUCGUUGGAGAUGGCUACGACGCUUUGGGUAAUCGCUAUGCAGUUCUAAGGACUGUCGGCUCAGCUGCAGUUCCCACAGAUGCCGGAGAGAUUUCUGCAUCCAACUGUUGCCGCAUCGAUGGCCUUGUUGGUGGAGCAUAUCCUUACGCUUUGGAUGACUUUCGCUUUGCCGUGAACUAUGUCCCCGGCGUGAAUUCAUCAAUCGUCACCCAGGCGCCGGCCGUCAUGCUCGUGGGAAGAGCAGCGAGUUCAGGGACCUACGCCUACACCUUCGUGCCGGCUGUCAGUUCCCACGGGGCGUCCAUCGACUGCUCCAUCAACACAGGGCUCGCCAAUACAGCUCCUAUGGCCGCGACAUCCUGA